GCAUGGUGGGUGUGGAUAGACAAGAUUCCUGUGGACUCCACCCAGUUGCCCAGCUCUGUUCCGGGAAAUGUUCUGGUCCAACACAGAACCGAAUACGGCCCGCGACCCACAUUAAACCCGUUCUCUUUCACACGACACGAAGGAAAAUUACAUCAAGUUUCGAAAUCCGCAGGAAGGCGUCGAUCCGAUCCGAGGGACCUAACACUUGACUCUCUCAUCCUCCCAGACAACAUGUCCAGAUCAGACUACCCUCCAGGGUACGAUGAUUGCCAUGGCCCACUGUACACACCCCAGGGCGGCAAUUACCCUGCCCCACCUGCGUAUGGCUUCCCCGCCUAUGGUGGACCUCAGCCAGGGCAGCCUGCCCCUCCCUACCCGACAGGUCCAAACACUUCUCUCUACCCCGGCCAACCAGGGAGCUACCCUCCAGGCCCGUACCCAGGACAGCCGAACCCCGCUGGACCUCCAGGAGCAGGCUACCCUAGUCAGCCUCCUAUGCCCCCCAUCAUCCCGCCUACCAUCCCGUCGGAUGUUAUGAGCUCUGAUGAUGAGUUUGCUGCCAGAGGAAGCGACUGGGACAGUCUGAGCAUUCGGCAUGCUUUCAUCAGAAAGGUCUAUUUGAUUUUGGCAUCCCAGCUCCUGGUCACCACUGCCAUCGUGGCCGUGUUCACCUUUGUCCAACCUGUUAGAUAUUUUGUGCAGAGGAACCAAGCGGUCUACUGGGCGUCAUAUGCGGUGUACUUCAUUACCCACCUUGUGCUGGUGUGCUGCAAGGGCCCACGGAGGAAGUUUCCAUGGAACUUAAUAUUGCUGCUUGUCUUUACCCUGGCACUGUCUUACAUGACUGGCUCCAUAUCCAGUUACUAUGAUACAAAGGCAGUGUUUCUUGCUUUGGCCAUCACUGCUGUCGUUUGCAUCGCUGUCACAGUCUUCUGCUUCCAAACCAAGGUGGACUUCACCAAGUGCCAGGGCUUCUUUUGUGUCCUCGGGAUUGUCGUCUUUGUGACGGGCAUCAUUACAGUCAUCGUGCUGUCUUUCAAAUACAUCUACUGGCUUCACAUGCUUUACGCUGCUAUAGGAGCCAUAGCUUUCACUCUGUUCUUGGCGUACCACACACAGCUCCUGAUCGGAAACAGGAAGUAUUCCAUCAGUCCCGAGGAAUAUGUGUUCGCCGCGCUCUCCAUCUACGUCGACAUCGUCCAGAUCUUCCUUUUCCUGCUGCAGAUUAUUGGUUCCAGCAAAUAAAUCUCAAGCGGCAUCGUCAACAUACAGAACCAUUCCAUGCUGUAAAAUCCUAUGCUUGCGUUCAGUCAUAACUAGAAUGUAUAUGAAAUAAUUAUCCACAUCAUGAGCAUUACCUGAGGGCUGAAUUUAAGAUUGUGUUAUUGCAGAAGACAAUUCUAUGCACUUUCUUCUAUAUUUGUACAAUUAUAAACCAACAAUCAUCCUGCCACUCUUGCUGGCCUGAAGUAAAGUAAAGUAUUUGUAUCUGCAUGUAGACUGUAGUGCUUAACUUGGAAGUGCCUUCAUGAGAUGUUUUGCUAGGCUGUUACUUUUACAUACAUGCUUCUGUAAGGAUUGGUUAAGAAGCGGUUUAGGGCUACAUGCAUUAUUUUCUAAUGUAGAAUAUGUUGCAUAGCUGUAUUUUGGCCACAAUCAGGCACUUCUUGGCAUAAUACAGUCUCGAUAAAGUGUGUCAAGGGUGUGAGCUCCCCCACAUGUGCGCAGUCAGUGCAUACAGUUGGUCCUUAUUUCUUUGACCUUGACUUAAAAUAACUAGUGCACACAGUUGCUGGUGUACGUGGGGGUGAUGGUUUGUAAAUAAGUUCAGUUUGACUUUUCAUAUAUAAUAAAUAUUUUUAUUUGUGAGCUUUA